AUUUUAUGUGGCGAGCAGCGCUUGCGAGAACAAAGAGCAGCAGAGGCAGAGUUGCCGCGAGAGUCGUCGCACCGUCGCUGCCUCGAGUCUCUGCCCUGGGGCGGCAGCGUUGCUCCACGCGUUGAAGGCAACUGUGAUGAGGUAGUCGCAAACAAACAUGGCGAAGGCUCUCCUCUGCUUGACAGAAAAACAUCCGCAUUGAGUGUAAGUAUGCC